GGUCUAAGAGGCUAAAACCCUAGCAAACCCCGUUCCGAGGCUGCCGUUCUCCGCUCUCCGGCCGCCGGCGCAAACGGGAACAUGAGCGGCGCGACGGGCACCGCCGACUUCUUCUACCGCGAGGCGCAGCGCCUCGGCUACGUUGCUCGCUCCGCCUUCAAGCUGAUCCAGAUACAGAAGCAGCACAAGCUCAUCGCCCCAGGCGCCGCCGUCCUCGACCUCGGGUGCGCCCCCGGCGCGUGGCUCCAGGUGGCCUGCCAGAACCUCGGCCCGCUCGAGAAGGGUGGCGUGGUCAUCGGCCUUGAUGUCAAGAAGGUGAAGGUCCCCUCGGCGCACUGCGACUCACGGGUCAGGACGGUCUGCGCCGAUGUCAUGGCUCUGAUGAAGCAGCAAGCUAGAGCAAUGUCGCCGCAGGAACGAGGAUUUUCUGUAAUAUUAUCCGACAUGUGCCCAGUAGUUUCAGGGAUCACAACCAAAGAUGAAGCUAUAUCUUGUGAGCUGGGCAUGCGCGCACUCUCUUUAGCAAUUGGCAAGAUAAAGCUUAAAGAAUCAGCUGACUACAGUAUCACUAUGGAGAAGUUCCAGAGCUCCACGGGUCCUGAUCCUGACGAGGAUGGUGUUCUUAGACGGGGAGGCAACCUAGUAAUCAAGUUUCUGGAGAACGAAGAUGUACCAGGGUUUAGCAGAUUUUGCAAAGAGAAGUUUAAGAAAGUAUCUUUGCUGAGGCCUAAGGCGACAAGAUCUAGUUCGAGGGAAAUCUACUUGAUCUGCGAAGGUUUGCGGUAGAGAAUGGGCAGCGAUUUCAUCUUCUUGAGGAAUAGCCUAUUUUGUCAUUCGCCAACGACUGUCUUCGAAAUUUGAAGGCUGUUGUUAGCUUGUGUUGGCAGUAAGAAGGCUCUGUGGUGGCUGGAUUGAGGAACUCUCAUGUUACACAGCUGUUUGCCGAGCUUAGGGUUGAAGACAUGGGAGAUGAGAUCCUUGUGACUUCUCGAGAAAUGUAGGACUAACUAGUCGCACAAAACUCAGCAAGAUCUAUCCUGAAGUUUUUGUUGCAACUGCCUUUUUGUUUGCCGUUUCCUUUCUUAUUCAUGUAUGCUUACUUUCUUUCGGGUUUGCUUCCAUAAACCAGUGCUGAUUACAACAUCAACAACAAAGAAAAGAAACGUGGUGAUAGCCUGAUACCAUUUCUGAUCA